AUGGAUCAGACAGCCUCCGGCAGGCUGUCCUCCCACCUUGAUGCAUUGCGACCAUCCUCCGCGACGUCCGCGCGGCCGAGGUGGACGCAGCCCCCUACACUGUCUUCCUCGUUCUCCCCCCUCGAGACCGCUAGUUCCUCCCACCAAGCGAAUCCCUGUCGCUAUGAAAACACUCUAGAUGAUACAACUCGUGCUUAUCGCACUACUGCGUUACGCCAUCUCAACGGCCAUCCCAAACCCCUGUCCUUGAAGACGCGCCAAGCAACCAAUAGUUCUAGCAGCGGGAGACCUUCGAGCUUAGCUUCACAGCCUGUUCUUGUCAGGUCAUAUUCUGGGGGUCCUGAUGAUAACUCCGGUCCAUCCAAGAUGCCUACACGGCGGUCGUUUCUGUUUCCCGGGACAUCGAGUUCGCAAAGAAAGGAGCCCGAGCUCCCCUCGGACGAGGAGUUCGGUAUAGAUGGCAUCCUUCGGGCCAUCGAGCCAAACAUUCGCAGCACGCUCGACUCGAUCGGGGAGAUAUGCGGCCGUAGCAAGCUCAGUCUAGCCAACGAGUAUGGCAGUCAUAUUGCGCCUCUAGGCGAGAUUCGUGCGCCGCCUGGUGGACUUUUGCCUGUCGAAGAAGCCAGCUCCGAUUCUGGUGAUAAUGUAGUCAUCUAUGAUGAUGAAAUGGCUGCGGAUGGCCGUGACCAUACUUCGUUUUCAAACUACACCUUUUUUGACACCCUCUUACCUCCUAUCUCGGCACCGUCGCAAGUGGCUCAUCCGAGCGAUCCAUCAGGUCAACAACAGCCUGACCGCGAGCCCAAUCUAGAGUCUCUCCCUACAACGCGCGAGUUUGCCUCGAAGCCCAAAGCGGACGGGCGGGUGCUGCUGGGAACAACCGAGCAAGGCGAAGACAAUCGAGUACAAAACAUCCUCACUCCGGCGCUGGUCUCGGAGAUUCUCCUUGACGCCCAGGCCAACGGUUACCUCAAGCCUGACCAUCCGCCUGGUCAGGUACACCAAACCGCAGACACGUCUAGCCAAUUGACAGACCCAUCCAAGCCAUCUGACGUGCAAUCGCUCUUCCGCUGGCUGAAACAAGCUGCAUGGAAUGAAAGUUGCGAAUCUGGGCAACAGACGGCAGAGAGCAGACUACGAGCUAUGCUCGAGCGACAGAAUGAACGAGCCCCUCCUUCUUAA